AUGGCGGACGUGGCAAAUCCUCAGCAAGCCGAGGAAGACCGCGCCAAGGUCUUCAUGGACCGUCUACCCCACGUUCAAGCGGCCUCUCGUCGUCUGCAAGGUCAACUCGGGAUCCACGGUGAUGAGACCUGGCCCCUGCCACCACCGCCAAUCGAUCAUAAUCCCUUCCUGGUCGAAAUGAACGCAAUAAAGAUCCGCGCUGCAUUGGAGAAUUGCAAGGACUUUGCCGUGACCAUCGACCGUGAGUCGGACAAAAUGGAGCUUCUUGAUGUUGUCGCGAUGUCUGGUCAGAAGCGCGUGGUGAUGCAAACUGGUCAAGCCCCGGAGAUCAAGCUUACUUCUUUCGAGGAUGAGAAGAAAGCUAGAGAGACCGAGCAGUCUAAUGCCAUUGCACGUAUGAUGGACGAAGGUCGUCAGGAGGAGUUGAAAGAACUUGAAGAUGAAGGCAUGAGUGAGGUUCCAUCAACUCCAAAAUCCUUGUUCCAUAGCGUUGGUUCUUCCCUGGCGCCUACCGCCCCUCAAACCAGCCAAGGAAGCAAUACAGCAGCAAGUGAAGGCGAGGAAUCGCUCUCGGCCUCUCAAGGAGACAGCUCAGUGGAUACCGCAGAGCGCGAACGGCGCGAGGAGUGGGAAGAACUCACGAGAGACCCUCGUUUCGUUGGUAUCGGACCAUAUGGAGAGCCUGAGUAUGAUGGCCCGCCAACGCCGGAUCCGGCGAAUAGCUCAGACGCCACUGGUGCCACCCCUAAUCCGAACCAUGACUCUGAGGGGAACUCGAUACCCCAUAACACGCCGACGGCCAGCAAUGACGACCGAGAGAUGCGCACGUCAUCAUACGCGACUGGAACUGCCAGCGCUGAUUCCGAACAUAUCCCGGCUGACCUUACUCCUCCCAGCCGAGAGCUUGGGGCUCUCUCCGUCCAUGACAGUGAAGUAGGAGGGACACAAUCCGUGAUCGACGAAGCCAUAGCUGUUCUCAACGCUCAAGACAAGGGUAAGGGCAGAGAGACAAGCCCUGGUGUUGAUGAGACGAUGUUGGACGGUCCUCGGGCUCAAGAUAAGGGCAAACGGCAAGAGACAGGCUCAAGCGUUGGAGACAACUCUGCGUACGCUUCUCAGACUCAACAGAAGGACAAAGCCAAGCAGAUGAUCUCCGGGUCCCGCGACACCGAUAUAGACGACGGUGAAGAGCGUCACGGCAAGAUGAAAGGCUCGAGCGGAAAACAGCUCGACGUUGCAGCGAGCCUUCGUAACCAUUUGGUCACAUUCCUUGAUGAGAGCCAGCCCAAGACUAAGGAGCGUAACCCACCCGUCCCUCAGCCUCAGAGCAUGCCCAAUACCUUGACGGAAGCGAUCUGCAGCCAUAUGCCACUGGAAGCUAAACCAAUCCUUACGCUGACUCUCGAGCGCAUCGAUCCCCCCAUACCAUCUCCAACAGAUCAACGAUGUGUCCUUCUCAAACACUUUGAGGUUGGUCUGGAUGGAGUCGAAGGUCUUUGUCAAGGCACAGCAAAGAUCCCAGAGACUCCACUUCAGACUGCCGAACGCGAGAGGCGCGUUGGGAAGCUGGGAACAUUCAAGCAAGGGCAUGGAGGCUUUUAUAGAUCGUUGAGGAGCGCACAGCAAAAAGACCAGCAGUAUGGCAAGGGCUACUGGUACUUUUUCGGAGUGAAGUUCAAGCAAAAUAGCAGGGAACGAAAGCUGAGGAGGGGUGGAAAGUGGCUUGUCUUUGGUGCGCCGAUCGAAGCGGUCUAUCACCUGGACAUAAAGAGAAGUCAAGAAAAUGUGACUGUCCUGCUCGGCGGAGGGGUGGACAAGUCUGGCACCGCGAUCAAGCCGUUCAAAGCCAACUUCAAACGUACGCACACUCUUUUCAGCAGAGGCGGUCUAGCUCCCAUGGACAUCUGGCCAGGUGGAGAAGAUUGGGAGGAUGGGGUGUUCAAGGAUAUCAGGGCGGCAAUGGCAAACAAUGGACUCCGAGUCGGCUUCCUUUACGGAGACACCCAGACCUUUGCUCCCCUGCCAAAGGGCUUCCCAGCCGCCGGCAAGUUUCAAGCAGAAAAGAAGCGCAAGGAGUCCGGGGCCGAGAUGACAGAGGAAGAGAUGAAAGCCAUGGAGAAGAGCAUGAAGCCCAAGCAAUUGUCGGCCGAGGACAUCGGUACUAUUCUUGCGAUGAGCGUCAUCAACGACCGGGCCAAGCAGGACGCAGCCGCGCGUUCAAAGUAA